AUAUAGGUAAUUGAAAAACGACACACAUAUCAGACAGACACCCAGCACCCUUUGAUGUUUUCCGCCAAAUCACUUUCCCGCCCGCCACAAGUUCGUCCAUUUUGUUGUUUUCCGCCAAAUCACUUUCCCCUGCCUCCACAAAAAACUUCUCUGCUCUGCUCCGAAAGAAAAGAAGCUGGUCUGAAAUUCAAUCGAUCCGCAAACAUGGGAGAAGAAGCCAUAGUGCUUUACCCAUCGCCGGCUAUAGGCCACUUGAUAUCCAUGGUGGAGCUGGGCCGCCUCAUCCUAACCCACCGCCCUUACUUCUCCAUCCACAUCGUCCUCCCUCCACUGCCCUACCAAGUCGACGUCACCGCGCCUUACAUCGCCUCCGCCUCCACUCCCUCCAUCAUCUUCCACCGCCUCCUCCAGCCACCGCGGUCUUUCCCGAAUCACCUCACCACGAGAUCCUCGUGCUUGAGACCCUCCGCCUCAGCCUCCCCCACCUCCGCGCUACCCUCGAACAAAUAAUCUCCCGAUCCGCCGUCGUCCAGGCUCUAAUCCUCGACUUCUUCAGCACCGCCGCGCUCUCCGUCGCCGCCGAGCUCAACAUCCCCGGAUACCACUUCUCCAUGAUAGAACCUGGUUUUAGGAUUUAAUCGAUCGAAUGGUGGAAUUGGGAUUUAGGGAUUAAAGAACAAAAAUAGAGAUUGAGAUUGAAAUUAGGAGAGGAAGAACAGAAUAAAGAAUCAGCCGAAACCUUGGACUAGGGAAGAAGAGAAAUUAGGAAGAACUUAGGGUUUGGGAAGAUGAUUCUUUUACUGAUUUCUGCUUAAUCGUCAAUGAAUGCCCGAGUACAUAUUUAUAGGAAAAAUACUGGAAAACCCUAGCAAAUAACCUAAUACUACCCAAAUACUACUAAUCCUAAUAAUAAUUAUCCUACCAUAAUUAAUAAUAGAAAUUCCAAAGAAUUAGGUUUCUAUCAUCCCUCCCCUUGAGACCAACCUUGCACUCAAGGUUGACCGAGUCGGCCCACAUCUCCACCUUUCUCGCGAACUUCAGGCGUCGAUUCUUUCAUUUCUUACGCUUCCUUUUCUUCCAAUUGAGUUCCAACACUCGAACCCGACUCAUAACACAAGCACCUCCAACAAAAAUGACCUUCCUCCAUUUCCAAUUGCGUACAAGUACGCAAACUACACUUUCCACGGCACCAAGGGCAAUUGGCAUCCUGAUCGGCCACAGAAGUGGCGAGUACCUCCUGAAGAGGUGGAUAGGCAAGCUCCCCCAAGACAUAAACUCGUACACCUGCAACUUUGGUUCUUCUCCAAUAUAAUAAUCAAUCAAUUUGACCAAUUUGGGAUGAAAAAGGCUCCCAGAGCAAUUAACUUCACCCAACCACUCUUUAUGACCUUGAAGCUGCGUCCUCUGUAUAAGCAAGCUCCUGCUAGCUGUACAAGCUAGCUCCUGCCAUCUUUUCUCCUCCAUCUUCUGGUAUACUGCCAUUAGAGGUGGCAAAUGGAUUGGAUUGGUGGAUUGGUGGAUCCAUGGAUCAAAUGGAUUGGAUCUAAUGGAUUGAUGGAUUCAUGGAUUGGAUCAAGUGGAUUGGUGGAUUAUCCAUGAAUCCAAAUGACAUCAUCAACCAAGGACCAAUAUGUAAAAUGUAAAAAGUUUGGGUACUAAAAUGACAUAAUGAAA